AAUUUCGCACUUUCGUUUUCGAUCAACAAUUAAGAGAACAGAAUGAACAGCUUACAUAAACUUUAUAGAAGCAAUAUUUUAUUGUCCAAUUAUAUAUGUGUGCGACAAUAUGGGGUGUUUGGAAAUAUUUGGAAAAGGUUUAGAGGGAAAAAAGAAUCUGACGAACAAUUUUUUGUUGGUGAAGAUCAGCAUGGAAAUAGAUAUUAUGAAAAACAACCCUUUCCUGAUGCAAGUGUACGCAUUACAAGACGAUGGAUAAAAUAUUACGGUGUAGCAGACGAGGACUCUAAAAAAGAUGCAAUUCCUUUCGUUCCUGAGGACGCAGAAAUUCCAGUGGAAUGGAAAUCGUGGCUUCAGAAGAAAAGGAAAUCGCCUCCCUUGAUAGAAGAGAUUCUAAAAAAUGAAGCUUUAAAAUUAAGAACUAUACAACGAGCAAAGGAAUUAGAGGAAAAGGAGAGGGCAGUGUCUAGUUCAGAAUCGGUGUCUAGUUCCCCAAAUCCAUUUAAAGAGGAGGAAUUCCCUGUGUAUCCUGAAUAUGAGACAAAGAUCGGCGAAUACAGAAGUGACUAUCUGACACAAGAAACUGACAAAAAACAUAAAGGAUCAAAGAAUAGAUAAUGGAACAAAAUUCUUAAAUGUUGAUGUUAAUUUCAUCUUUUUUUUGUGCAUUUAGAUUUGUAACUUAAAUAAAUAUACAAUUUUAA